AUGUCUGCUUCCAACCAGGCUGCUGCGGCUCCAGGCCUCCUGAGCGAUCGUCUCACUGAUCCUCAGGACCAUCAUGUUAUCAGCAUCCCUCGCACUGGUGGUAACUUCUACAAGGCUCCUCCCGGAGUCAAUGAUCACUAUUGGAUCAGAACAUUGAACCGUGCGGAUACACGCCUCCGCAAGCUUGCUCGAGCUAAUCAGGGAGGCUAUUCUCUGUACAGCGGCCCUCGCCAAAACCACCGUGAAGCUGCUCGUGCCGCCAUAGCCUACAGAAUUCUGGCUAACGAUCUGGCUGCUGCUUCUGCCGAUGCCUCUCUCAACGGCCGUAAGGGCGACAGAGCUCGAGCUCUGAUGCUGCAUCGUUCGAUCCUUCCCCCUGAGUUCUUCCACUUCAUGCUUGCUCAUGGCUUGGAUAUCGACAAGGCUACCUGGAUAACUACUAUUGUUCGAUACUAG